UGGCCAUGGCGGAAAACGUUCGACGUUCAGCAUCUUAUGAUAUUUUAAAUGACGAACAAAAAAAGAUCUUGAAGGAUUAUUAUGAUCAAGGAAUGAUUUCAACAGCAGCUAGUAUGAGGGAUGUCAUCCAAGAAGCUGCGAACCAAGCUAAUAUGACGUUUGAAAGAGUCAAGAAAUGGAUUGGGAAUAAAAAGCAGUCCAGAAAAAGAAAAGCCAGCUCUCAUCAAGAUGAGGAGUUAAGACUGUGCCCUUCAAAGCGUAGAACUACAGCAUAUAAUCUUUUUUGCUCACAUAUGCUGAACUCAGAGGAAUGCAAGCAGCUAAGCUCUAAUUCUGAGAGGUUGAAGUUAGCUGUAGACCACUGGAACUUGUUAGGGGCAGAGGAACGUGUGAUUUGGGCAGAAAGAGCAAAGGCUGUUCAAAGCAAUGACAUUCAUGACUUGACAUUUAAGCAGCGCACAAACCAAGUAAAAAAAGGGAAAAAGCAGCUUUUGUCACAGCUUACUUACUUAGAAAGUCUUGGUUGUGAAGCAGUUGUUUUAUUCUUGGAGCCUGGUGAUUCUUGUCUUCAACAGUUUGGAACAGAAAAAGGAAUCAACUUUUGA